AUGGCGGAUAGGGUGGAGACGCUUGCAAGAUUAGCACAGUGGAAAAUCGACAGUUUUGGACCUUCUUCCUACAAAAAAUCUGAUCCUUUCAAGCUCGGAAUCUGGAACUGGCACUUUACAAUAGUAAGGAAUAGGUUCUUCUCCAUACAUCUCUUUCCAGAACCUUCUCGUGUUUCUAAGGAACACCCACCCGUUGCUAGAUUCAUUCUCCGAGUUUCCGUUGCUGGUUCAUCCCGCAAGUUUAUUAUUUCUCCUGUUUAUGAAAGGCUGCUUAGGACACAGGAUGACUUUGUCUGGCCUGUUGACACUGCUUUCACGGGUCGCUUCAUCAUAGAUGUUGAGUUUCUUGACCUAAAAAUAUGCCAUAUGAGUGGCGGAGAACCUAGUUCUAUAUGGUCAUCUGAUGGGAAUUCGCCAUGCAACAAAGCUCAAAGAAGUACUCUCCACUGCCUCUCUCGCAUGCUCGACGAGGCUAUAAAUGCUGACCUAACCAUUAUAACUUCCAAUGGUACAUUGAGAGCUCACAAGGCAGUUUUGUCCGCGAGUUCUCCUGUGUUUCAAAGCAUGUUUCAUCACAACCUGAAGGAAAAAGAGUCAUCAACAAUUCAUAUAGAAGACAUCUCACUCGAAUCAUGCACCACUCUUCUAAGUUACUUGUAUGGAGCAAUCAAACACGAAGAUUUCCGGAAACACUGUCUUGCAUUACUCGGCGCAGCUAAUAAGUAUGACAUCAGUGAUCUGAAAGAUUUAUGCGAGGAAAGCCUUGUUGAAGAUAUUAACUCAGGCAAUGUUCUUGAGAUGUUAAACGAGGCCUGGCUUUAUCAAUUACACAAGUUAAAGAAAGGGUGUUUAACGUUUUUAUUUGAGUUUGGUAAAAUAUAUGAUGUUAAAGAUGAUGAAAUAAAUAACCUUUUCCAGCAUGCAGAUAGGGAGCUGGUAAUGGAAAUGUUUCAUGUGAUGCUCACAAUUUCCAACCCAGAAUAG